AUGCCUACAGAACUUGAAGAUCUGGUGGAAUUCCUCCACCACGGUAACACCCAGAUUCGCCAGAUUGCCACUGAGAACCUGGUCGGAUUCUCUACUGCUCAGCCGAGUCUCUUCAAGCGUCACCAAUUACUUCCCGUCCGGGACUUGAAGCUCCUGGCCAAGGACUAUUCCCCCAUUGCGAAAAAUGCCUUGACAAUCCUGAUCAACCUGUCCAGUGACGAGGAAGUCCUGAAGGUUCUCGCCGAAGAUGAUGAAUUCAUCGAGAGCUUGCUCUUCAAAUUGACGAGCAUCAAAGAGCCCAACGCAGACGAAUUUGCAACUCUGCUCGCCAACAUGGCCAAAUCCUCAGCCCUACAAAAACUAUUCGCCGUGAAGCGCCGCGUCCCCGAGAACGUCUCAACCUCAGCAAACGCCAUCGACCAAUUGAUGGACUGUUUCGUCAAAGGCGCCGAGGGCGGUCUCAACAAAAAUGCCAACUUCGACUACCUCUCCUACUUCUUCGCCGAUCUCUCCCAAACCGAGGAAGGACGGAAAUACUUUACCACCCGCCAAGAGUACGACGGCGUGGUACCCAUCACCAAGCUGACCGUCUUCACGGAACACAAGAGCGAUAUCCGCCGCAAGGGAGUCGCCUCCACCAUCAAGAAUGUCGCCUUCGAUAUCGACUCGCACCCCAUGCUUUUCGACGAGGAUGCGGCCAAUCUUCUUCCAUAUCUACUGCUGCCGAUUACCGGGCCGGAGGAGUACUCUGAUGAGGAUAUGUUGGCCAUGUUACCUGAUCUGCAGCUUUUGCCUCCGGAUAAGAAGCGUGAUAGUGACCCUACUAUCAUCGCUACCCAUGUGGAGACCCUCAUGCUUCUGACUACUACUCGGGAAGGUCGGGACCUGAUGCGCCAGGUGAAGGUGUACCCGGUGAUUCGGGAAUGUCAUAUGAAUGUGGAUGAUGAGAAUGUACAGGAGGCCUGUGAUCGAUUGGUUCAAGUUCUUAUGCGUGAUGAGGAGGGUGAGGGUAAGGAUGAGUUGGAGCAGACUGGACAAGCGCAGAUUGAAGCGCCGCGCGUCGAUGACGAUAAUGAGGUGACGGAGCUAUUCUACUCUGGGGAAUCAAUUCCAGCGAUCUCCCCCCCGCAGCCACCCAUUACGGCUGCCAUUCCGCUGCAGACGCGGAAGCAGUCUUGUCCCCCGCCGCCGAGGGGCGAGACGCUUCCCGCCGAAUCGGAUCGAGUCAACCACAACCACAACUACAGCAAUACCCAAAAUCAAAAUCAAAACCCAAACCCAAACCAAAACACCAACGACACUCUACCUGAUCUCCCUGGUUCCCUCGACGAUGGAUGUGACGACUCACAUCACUCCAUAAACUCCCCUCCCUCCUCCCCCGGCUCCCCCGGCUCCUUCACCCAUAGUGGGAGCUUCAUGUCGCGCGCCCCUCUUAUCCGCACCUCGCCCGCGCUGGGCUCGUCGUCGUACGGAGCCGUGCGCAUGCCGCAAGAGGACUCCGAUGACCCCGAAACUUCGCCCCAGUCAGAGAGACAGAGAGGUAAUUGGACUCACGAUUCGCGGACCAGCUCCGAUAGCUGCACCGGCGGGCCCUCAAAUGAGACACACCGGUCAAAAGCCCGCCGAUCACAUUCAUCCGGUCGACGAAAAAGCAGUGGCUGGUACAGGAGGAAUCGACGACCUUCCUCCGCAACCUCGGACAUAGGAUUGGGCGCCGAUUCCAAAUUCUCCUUCGCGACAGGCCUAGCCGUUCCUGGUAAUCACGCCGUGCAGGAAACGCCAGCUUCAUCACCAUACAUUACAAGUGACGAGGAAGACUCCUUGGAUUUAGAUGGCGACGAUACCAAAUCAACCGACGAAGAUCCUCCGGAUAACUCGCCAUACGCCCAAGUUCGAGCUACGGUCCCGGCUACGGAUGAUAUUACUCUGUCAAUCAAUACUCCGCGCAUGUGGAUUCUUUCCCUGCUUUUCUCGCUGACGGGUUCGGCGGCCAACCUCUUUUUCUCGCUGCGGUAUCCUAGCGUUGCUAUUACGCCGAUUAUUGCGCUUGUGCUCGUUCAUCCGCUGGGGAAAUUCUGGGACGCGGCUCUUAAGAAGACGGGUGAUCCGCUUGAGGUCUUUGAGAAUGGGACUUUGCAUCAUCGUGAAUUACUCUCUGGCGAGGUUGAUGCGCCGGAGAUCAGUUGGUUGUCCAGGAUGCGGAUUUGGUUGGCGCAGGGUCGAUGGAAUGAGAAGGAACAUGCUUGCGUCUAUAUCAGCAGUAAUGUUUCGUUUGGAUUUGCUUUUGCGACAGAUGUCAUCGUGGAACAACACAAAUUCUACCAGCAGGAAGUUCCAAUCCUAUACCAAUUGCUGCUCAUCAUCUCCACGCAAGUUCUUGGAUAUGCAUUCGCCGGCCUCACAAGGCGAUUCCUCGUCCGACCUUCUGCCAUGAUUUGGCCGGGUACUCUCAUGUCGACUGCGAUGUUUUCGACCAUGCAUAAGAAUGCCAAUAAGAAGGCUAAUGGGUGGAGUAUCUCUCGGUAUAAGUUCUUCGUCGUCGUUUGGACGGGUGCCUUUCUCUGGUAUUUCGUCCCGGGUUUACUCAUGCCUGCGCUGAGCUACUUUAACGUGAUCACUUGGUUUGCUCCGAAAAAUGUGGUGGUAUCUAAUCUGUUUGGAGUUGCAUCUGGCUUGGGAAUGUUUCCGUUGACGUUUGACUGGGCUCAAAUUGCCUAUAUUGGAUCUCCGCUGCUGACGCCUUGGUGGGCUGCUGCGAACAUUGUGACCGGGUUGGUCAUUGUUAUUUGGGCCAUUGCCCCGAUUUUGUACUACAAAAACGUGCUCUUUUCGUCCUAUAUGCCCAUUCUCUCCGCGGCGGUAUUCGACAACACCGGGCACCCAUAUAAUGUGAGCCGGAUUUUGACUCCGGACUUUCUCUUCGACCAAAAGGCCUACGAGGACUACUCACCUGUGUAUCUACCUAUCACAUACGUCUUGUCUUACGGUGUUCAAUUCGCCGCCCUAACCUCCCUGGUCACCCACACUAUCUGCUGGUAUGGAAAGGAUAUAUGGCAACAAACACGCAAAGCAUUCGAGGAGCGCCGAGAAUUACCCGGAAUGGAGACCUACGAACCUCUGCGAACGGAGCAAGUUCCUCCUCCGGGGCGUCGGAACUUUGAUUCCUCGGGAGAUGCCUCUCAAGAUGCUAACCGGGAGAUGCCUUUGGGCAUGGAAGAUGUCCAUUGCCGUCUUAUGAGGCGCUACAAGGAUGCCCCUAUCACAUGGUAUCUCAUUGUGCUUGUCACAAUGUUAGCCACAGCAACUUUUACCGUGGAGCACUACCCCGUACACCUACCCUGGUACGGACUAUUCCUCGCCCUAGGCAUAACCUGCAUCUUCUUCAUCCCCGUCGGCAUCAUCAUGGCCGUCACAAACCAACACAGCAGCCUCUACCUAAUCUGCCAACUAAUCUGCGGCAUCGUUUUCCCCGGUCGCCCCGUCGCAAACAUGAUCUUCGUGACAUACUCCUACAUCAGCUCCGCGCAAGGGAUAAAAUUCUCCUCCGACCUCAAAUUAGGCCACUACAUGAAAAUCCCACCACGCAUCCUCUUCGGCGUCCAAAUGAUGGCAACUCUAGUCUCAAGCCUGACUCAAAUCGGCGUCCUAAACUGGAUGUUCACCCACAUCCCCCUUCUCUGCACGCCCGAAGCAAUGAACGGCUUCAACUGCCCAAUCGCCCGCGUCCACUUCAACGGCAGUAUACUCUGGGGCGUCGUCGGACCGCAGCGCUUCUUCGGGCCCGACGGCCUCUACCGCCCGCUCGUGUGGGCAUUCCUAAUCGGCGCGCUCGCACCGUUGGCAGCGUGGCUGCUUGGCCGACGCAGCCGCAAGAGCUUCUGGCGCAAGGUCAAUUUCCCCAUACUCUUCGGGAGUCUGAGUUGGAUUCCGCCGGCGACAGGUUUGAAUUUUUCGAUCUGGGCGCUUGUCUGUUUUGUGUUUAAUUAUGUGAUUCGGAGGCGGAGGACGGCUUGGUGGGAGAAGUAUGCUAUGACGCUUUCGGCGGCGUUGGAUUCGGGUCUGGCUUUUGCGGUUAUUGUGGUCUUUUUUGCAUUUAUUUAUCCCGGUUGGGUUGAUGGGUUUAAGUGGUGGGGGACGGAGAUUUAUAAACAGGGGUGUGAUUGGGUUGCUUGUCCUUAUAAGCGGUUGGAGCCUGGGGAGAAGUUUGGACUUUAA